UCGGCGGGUCCAGGAGGCCGGGACAGCGGGCGCGGCCUUUGAAGAAAGAAACUGUCUCUGUGGUGCCAUGGUGGGGUUGGGUCCCGCCGCCGCCGCCGCCGCUGCCGCCGCGGAAGAACGACAGAGAAAGCUUCAGGAGUACCUGGCGGCCAAGGGAAAGUUGAAGGACCGGAACACCAAGCCUUAUCUAAAAGCCAAGAGUAACCACUCAAAUCCACCAUCUUCUAAAUCUACUGUUAGACCAAGGAAAGAUGUUAGCAAUCAUGCUGUUUUGCCUGUCAAAACAAGGCCCAUCAACACUAAAACUACAAGGCCCAUCAACACCAAAACUACAAGGCCCAUCAACACCAAACUUCAGCCUAAACCAGCCAGUAUCAUGGGGCCCCAGAAGCCAAAGUUGGAACCACCAAAAUUUCCAGGCAAAAGGCUAACUUCAAGAUGUAUUUCUUCUAACUCCAACUGUAAACAGUCCAGCAAGAGUCAGCAGCAGCGUGAAGCUGGAUCACCCACUGCAGGACAGUCAAGGAAACCCAUGCAGUCCACUCGCACGCUGGAACUGAAAACUAAACAGCCACAGGAAGCAGAUGAAGGACAUGCUAAAUGUACAGAUUCUAUGGUGAAUACCCUUGUUGAAAACAAACCUUUAGAUGACUUUCUAAAAGAAAUGAACAAAGAGAACUUUCCCCAAACUUUGUUAGACCCUGAGAAGAAUCCAGACCCUGGAUUAUGUGUCAUAAGUAAGCCAAAGACUAACUGUUGUAACCAAACCAAGAAUGGUUUGGCUCCUAAACAAGUCUUGGGCAAAAGUUUGGUUAAUAAUACUGUUCUGAAAGACAGGGUUAAUCAACAGUUUGUUAGAAAAACACAAAUCAGGACUCAACCAGUGAAAUUACAGCAGCUCUCUAGAGUUGCUGAUUCUGCAAAACCAAGAGAAAACAUUCCAAGACCAGCUCUCUCUCACUUUAUUCAGACCCAAAAUAGAGCUCAAGCAUCAAAGAAACCAGUGCUCAAAAACACACAGGAUAUAAAAGUUAACAGGGGUAAAUAUGGAAAAUCAAAUGAAACUAAAGGACAGUCAUACCCUGCUACUGAACAGAAAAUAAAACAUGCUAAACCUAGUACAUACCCCCACUUACUUCAGAGAGGACAUAACGACAGACAUCCAAACAUCAAGCAAGAUCAGAAAACCAUUCAACAGUGUCUUGGACCCCGGACAUCUUAUGUUCCACAGAAAUCAAGAGUGAUAAACCAGAGGCCUAAUUUGACUGCCAGCAGCUUUAAUUCAGUGGUUCCAAGCACCCCUAGCAUAAGAGCAAAUAGAACCCAUAACAAUAAAUACAAAGACAUCUUGCAACAAAAAGCACAGACUGUGGACUACAAGUUCAAAAAGGCUCUUCCUGGGAACCAUUUUCUGAGCAAGACAGCUUCCAAAACUCGAUCAGGUUUCUCAACUGUAAAUGAGACUAGAGCCCCAAGUGCUACCCAGCCUCAUCCAAAUGUUGAAAAGAAGACAGCAGCAGAGGAUCGGAGGAAACAAUUAGAAGAAUGGCAAAAAUCUAAAGGGAAAACCUAUAAACGACCUCCUAUGGAAUUUAAAACAAAAAGAAAAAUAAUAGAGGAAAUGAACAUAUCAUUCUGGAAGAGCAUUGAAAAAGAAGAGGAGGAAAAGAAAGCACAAUUGGAACUGUCCAAUAAAAUCAACAGCACACUGACAGAAUGUCUGCGGCUCAUUGAAGAGGGUGUACUUUCUAAUGAAAUAUUUACCAUAUUGUCCAGCAUUCCUGAAGCUGAAAAAUUUGCCAAGUUCUGGGUCUGCAAAGCAAAGUUAUUGGCAAGAAAAGGCACCUUUGAUGUUAUUGGGCUGUACGAAGAGGCCAUUAAAAAUGGGGCAACACCAAUACAAGAUUUACGGGAAGUUGUUCUUAGCAUUUUGCAAGAUCCAAGCAGAAACACAGAAGACUCUUUAGCUGCUGAAGCUAAUAUCACAUCAAUGGAAGAGCUGGCGAAAAAGGAAGAAUCCGGGCAGUCUUGUCUUUCUCCAAAAGAGAGAGAGCAGAUUACAGCAACACCCCAGAUAACCAUGGCAGAACUUGGUAACUGUGGUAUCAAGUUACAGAUUGCCCCAAUCCCUAGAAUAUGUGGUAUGCCAGAAGUACAAGACAUGAAGCUCAUCACUCCCGUCAGGCGCUCAACAAGGAUCGAGCGGGCAGUGUCCCGCUACCCAGGAAUGCUACAGGACCAUGAUGUGGUAGUGGCUUCUCUUGACGAGUUACUGGAAGUGGAAGACACAGAGUGCUUUGUAUUCCGUAAAAAUGAGGCUUUGCCUGUAACAUUAGGUUUUCAGAUCCUUGAAUCAUAAUCUUUUCAUGCUCUUUUAAGAAACAAAAACAAACAAAAAAAGAGCAGCUAUUUCAGGGCUUCCAAAAGAUAAGAAACAUCCUUGUCCCAAUGACCUGAAAUAAGUGUACACAGAGACACCGUGAAUGCAAGUGAAUGCAGAUUAUAGACACUUGGGAUUGAAGAAGUAACGCAUUGGGUUUACUCUCAAAUUGUAUGUCCCCAUGGAAAAGCCUUUGAGAUGUGCAUUUUGUUAUAUAGUUUAUGACAGUUUUACAGCAUACAUAAGUUUCAAAAUAUCAAAUAUCUCACAAAUGUAGGGAAAAAAAUUGCACUUUGCUGAUCUACUUUAAUCCCAUUAUAGUUAAUUUUUAUACCCAAAGAUUGAUGCUACUAUGGCAGGAUGGACUUUCCUUUUAGCAUCUACCAUAGAAAGGAGAGCCCAUUCUUACAGUGGGAAGACUGGCGCUUUGAACCCAGCUUGCCAGGCUGCACAGUCAGACCUGGCCUGUUACAGGCUGUGUAAUAAGAUGGUCGUGCCUUUGCUCAGAGAUCACAGGUGACAUUUAUGGUGUUCUGUGACUUCCAUCACUGAGUCCCUACAGGUGAGGGGUAAUUCUUGUCCUCUCUGUGCAGGUCUCUUGAUGAAGCGCAAUCCAGGAUUGGGGUGGCCAUCUAGCUUUUUAUGUAUAAACCUAAUUUUGCAUUUGGUAUUUGGAAACACUUCAAGUAAAAACAAAAGUGGGGAGCAGGGCACUUGAUCAGUUCUUUUCCCUGCCAGCCAGAACGUGGUUAUCCUGAAAAGGCAGUGUGAGGCCCAGAGACUAUGGCAGGGUAUUUUUUCUUCUCCUUGGGCAACUGCUUUUAGAAGGAAAAGCAGAGUCAUUUUGUAAAUACAAUGUAUAGAAAAGUCUAAUCAACACAUUUUUAAAGGUUAGCUUUCUUACUAUUAAGUGUUAUUAAGUAAUAUCUAAAUAAAACAUUAAAUUGUUGUUCA